AUAAGCUAGAGGGCUCCUCAUUCACAGACCAACUAAGGCAUCACCUUGUGUUAAGCUGAUUUAGCCUGAAGAAUACCAAACAAAUCUUAUACCGUGACUCAAAAGACAAAACAUUACAACCUGAAAGCAAAAAAUGGCUCAUUUGAUUAAGGCCAUCACUGGUCCAUCAAGUCUUCAUCGCUGCCUCAUGGUAACUAGCAGGCGUUUUGCUUCAAAGUCUUCUCAGCCAUCAGCUGGUUUCUCAUUUGAACCAAAUGCUGAACAGUUAGAAAUUCAAUUGUUGGCCAGGAAAUUUGCACGUGAAGAAAUUCUUCCUGUAGCUGCCCAGUAUGACAAGACCGGAGAAUUUCCGUGGGACAUCAUCAAGAAAGCCCAUGGUCUUGGUCUCAUAAAUCACCAUAUACCACAAGAAUUUGGUGGAUCAGAAAUCGGAUCUUUGGAAUCGGUGCUGAUUUUAGAAGAAUUUGGUUACGGUUGCUGUGGGAUCGCCACUCCUAUGGAUGUCAAUAAUCUAGGCCAAAUACCAGUUGUUGUGGCUGGUAACAAGGAACAGAAGAAGAAGUACUUGGGUCGCAUGGUGGAGGAACCCCUCAUGUGUAGUUACGCUGUCACCGAACCAGGGGGAGGUUCUGACGUAGCUAGUCUUAAGACAAAAGCCGAAAAGAAGGGCGAUCAUUACGUUUUGAAUGGGCAAAAAAUGUGGAUUACAAACGCUGGACAUGCAAACUGGUAUUUUGUUUUAGCACGCACAAAUCUCGACCCUAAAGCUCCACCCCAUAAAUCGCUAACUGGUUUCAUCGUCGAUCGGGACACACCAGGAGUCAUUCCCGGUCGAAAGGAAAUCAACAUGGGCCAAAGAGCUUCCGAUACUCGUGGUGUAACAUUCGAAGAUGUUCUGGUGCCGAAGGAAAACGUUCUCAUCGGUGAAGGAGCCGGUUUCAAAAUUGCAAUGAGCGCUUUCGAUCGCACUCGACCAACGGUCGCUUCUACUUCUGUUGGAUUAGCCCAACGAGCUCUGGACGAAGCCACCAAAUACGCCAUGGAGCGAUACACGUUUGGCGUUCCUAUUGCCAAGCAUCAACUGAUCAUGAACAUGCUAGCAGAAAUGGCCAUCAAUAUUGAGGUAGUACGAUUAGCUUGUAUUAGAGCAGCCUGGGAGUCUGACAACGGAAGGCGAAACACAUACUACGCUUCAAUAGCCAAGGCUAUGGCGGCUGAUGUUGCAAAUAAAUGCGCCACGGAUGCUGUACAGAUUUUUGGUGGCAAUGGAUACAACACCGAGUAUCCAGUUGAAAAGCUAAUGAGAGAUGCCAAGAUUUAUCAAAUCUAUGAAGGAACAGCACAAAUUCAACGUUUAAUUAUUGCCAGGGAGCACGUGACCCGGUUCUCAAAUCCUUCCUCGUAGUAAGAGAGUGUUGUUUCCCGUGCUUUUCUCUCAGUAAGAAUUUCCAAAAUACCGCAA